AUGCGUGAGGUGAUCUCCGUUCACGUUGGACAGGCCGGGUGUCAAAUCGGCAACGCCUGCUGGGAGCUCUACUGUCUAGAGCACGGCAUUCAGCCAGACGGCCUGAUGCCCUCGGACGCGACCAUCGGCGCAAGUGACGACUCCUUCAACACCUUCUUCUGCGAGACGGGCGCAGGAAAACACGUCCCUCGCGCCGUGUUCGUGGACCUAGAGCCGUCCGUGAUUGACGAGGUUCGUACGGGCACCUACCGCCAGCUGUUCCACCCCGAGCAACUCAUCACGGGUAAGGAAGACGCCGCCAACAACUACGCCCGCGGCCACUACACGGUCGGGAAGGAGCUGGUGGACCAGGUGGUGGACCGCGUCAGGAAGCUGGCCGACCAGUGCACCGGGCUCCAGGGAUUCCUGGUGUUCCGAUCGUUCGGCGGAGGAACCGGGUCCGGAUUCGCGUCUCUGCUGAUGGAGCGACUCUCCGUGGACUACGGGAAGAAGUCGAAGCUGGAAUUCUCCGUGUACCCUGCCCCGCAGAUCGCCACUGCGGUGGUGGAGCCGUACAACUCCAUCCUGACAACCCACACCACUCUGGAGCACUCGGACUGUGCCUUCAUGGUGGACAAUGAGGCCAUCUACGACAUCUGCCGCAGGAACCUCGACAUCGAGAGGCCCAGCUACACCAACCUGAAUCGAUUGAUUGGCCAAAUCGUCUCUUCCAUCACGGCCUCCCUCCGUUUUGAUGGAGCUCUGAAUGUGGAUCUAACCGAGUUCCAGACCAACCUGGUGCCUUACCCUCGCAUCCACUUCCCCCUCGUCACCUACUCCCCCAUCAUUUCAGCAGAGAAGGCAUACCACGAGCAAUUGACGGUUUCAGACAUCACCAAUUCCUGCUUUGAGCCGGCAAACCAGAUGGUAAAGUGCGACCCUCGCCACGGCAAGUACAUGGCUUGCUGUCUCCUGUACCGCGGAGACGUGGUCCCCAAGGACGUGAACGCCGCCAUCAGCAACAUCAAAACCAAGCGCACCAUCCAGUUCGUGGACUGGUGUCCCACUGGAUUCAAAGUUGGCAUCAACUACCAACGUCCAACUGUUGUUCCCGGAGGAGACUUGGCCAAGGUCCAACGCUGUGUUUGCAUGUUGUCCAACACCACAGCCAUCGCCGAGGCCUGGGCUCGUCUCGAUCACAAGUUCGACCUCAUGUACGCCAAGCGUGCCUUCGUCCACUGGUACGUGGGGGAGGGUAUGGAGGAGGGAGAGUUCUCCGAGGCUCGCGAGGAUCUGGCUGCCCUCGAGAAAGACUACGAGGAGGUCGGGAUGGACUCCAACGAGGGCGACGAACAAGGAGAGGAGUACUGA